UCCUUGCUCGAAAAUUAAUGUCACAUCGAGCAAAGCCGGCGUUGCAGUUGCUCCCUAGCAAGUUCAAAGGCGAAGAUCGCGCGGGACCGGCUUUCAUCUUCCUUUCAAGAGGAUAGCGGGAGAAAACUAAAAUGGUGUGGAUUUGCGGACGUAAUAAACCGAGCCAAAAGCUGGUACACAAAGAAGAAAGAACUUCACUGAAACAAAAGAUCUGCUAUGGAGUAGGGCAUGUAUUCAACGAUCUUUGUAUUCAAGCGUGGUUUACCUAUCUUAUAAUCUUUUUCAACAAAAUCGUGAAAAUCUCCGCUAAGGGAACUGGUCUAAUUUUUCUCGCUUCUCAAAUUGCGGAUGCGAUUUCCACUCCGUUUAUCGGUUAUGGCUGCGACAAGAGUCUCUCGAAGAAAAUCACCAAGAAAUACGGCAAUAGAAAGAUCUGGCAUUUAUUCGGUAGUGUUGGAAUCGCGCUGAUCUGGCCGUUUGUGUUCAGCCCGUGUUUAGCUUGUAACGAGGAUAGCCCUGACUGGGUUCCGGUGGCAUACUAUGGAGCCUUCGCAGCUCUAUUCAGUGUUUGUUGGCCUAUGGUGGAGAUAAGUCAUUUGUCUCUAAUGCCUCAUGUUGCCAAACGGCCGAAAGAUGCUGUAGAGUUGAGCGCUAUAAGAUCUGCACUCAAGCUAGGAUGCGGCGUUUUUGUGUUUGUAGUAACUUGGAUCCUUCUGGGCCAAAACAGUGAAGAAACUGUCAACGAAUCUGCAAAGAAACAAUUUACGUAUCAAUCCAUAAUCGUCAUGAUAACUGGAAGCUUUUUCGCUUUUAUUUUCCACUGGGGAGUAGAGGACGUCGAUCAUGGUACAGCGGAAGAUGAAGAAAAUAAAAAACAGUCGCAAAAUUCUUCAGCCGACGCUCCACUGUGUAAGGACUUGGAAAAACAAGCCCUUGAGAUCGAGCUUCAAAAGCAGGAAAGACAGAAACAGGAUGACGUAAAGAAAACCUGGAUGAAAUGGCUUAAAAAUCCUGACUUUUAUAAGAUUGUUAUAAUAUAUAUGGCGACACAGAAUGUGGUAAAUUUAAAUCAGUCGUACUUUCCUAUGUAUCUAACAGAAACUCUUCACUUCCGAAAGGAAGCCAUUGCUUACUUCCCAUUAAUGAUCCUCAUCAGCGGAAUCCUUAUGAGCACAGUGAUAAAGAGACUUAACAAGUAUUUCUCGAACAGGGUUUUGUUUUGUGUUGGUGCAGUCGUUGUCAUUGGCUGUGCCACGUGGUUCUACUUCACGCCUCAGUCAAAGAGACAAAUGAUCUACGCGCCCACAAUCAUCAUGGGCUGUGGAAACUCCAUGAUGCUUGUGACGUCUCUAGCCAUGGUAGCAGAAAUCAUUGGUGACGAUAAAAAAUCUAGUGGUUUUGUGUACGGUGUGUGCGCUCUUAUGGAUAAAGCAUCGCUUGGUUUUAUAGUUCUUGGCCUACAAGAAUAUUAUCCCGAGACACAAGGGGUAUGUGGCGAACCUUGUGCCCAGUACCUCAGAGGCGCCUUCUCGGUAUUCCCUGGGAUUGAAGCGCUGCUUGCUUUCUUGAUUGUAGCUCUUUUGUAUCGUAAACCUCCCACAAACAUUAAACGACGAAUGACAGUUUUAGAUAAAGACGUGUACACAGAUGAUAUCGACCUAGAACAAUUGCCUUAUCUAAAAGCGACUGAAGUAUAACGCUGCAAUUGACGCUCCAACCAUCCACUUUACUUCCGGUUCAUGUGAUCGGACCGUGUUAGAAUAUGAUAAGCUCGUGCAACUAGAAAAGCAGGAAGUGAUUGUGAGUGGCGUAGACGUGGACACAGACGUAGCUCCUUGAUAUUGAAUAACCAGCGAGGGAACUGAGAACUAGUAUUGGAAAAACAUUUGAACUGUCAAUGGUGACUUACUCGGUUUUUCGUUGUAGAAAAACCAUUUUCAUAGUUAAUCUUCAAAUUCAAAAUUAAGAUUGUUUAAAUAUAUGUAAUGAAGUUUAUUUAUACAGUGCAGAGAACCUAUAACAAAAUAGUGACACCUACUUUCUGUAAGAAAGUAAUUUUUUAGAUUCAAUUAAUCGCUGAUUAUUUAUACCAUGAAAUCAAAGUAAUCACAUACUCGACGAGGUUGGGAAAUUUUUAAACUCUAAGGGCUUUUAAUUAAGGAAAUGCUUACAUCAAUCAAAUAUAAAAUAAUAUAAUUAUUUGUUACUUCAAGCCCUUAUCUCUCGGGAUAUUCAGUUAUAACGAUGUUAUUUGUGUUCGUUUGGUUUUUUUGGCCAUUUCAGCUAUCUUUUUAUUUUGAAAAACACUGUUUUCAGAAAACGUUUCUUAAUAAACUGAAACGGGUUCUUCAACUUUCA